GCUAUUGGUUAGCAACCGCAUGUUACUGAGAGAUCUUCCUGUAGCCCUACACGACUGAAGACACAGCGACAUUGUGAAGUGGUAACUGCGCUGUAUGUUCAUAAACUCUUCCGUUUGAGUUGCAGUCACGUCUGUGUGAUAUAUCUGAUGUGGAGCAGGAUACUGAGUCCUCGUGUGAUCGGUAGAACAGGUUUCUAUUGGAGGAGUCUCUACACUAUGCAGCUGAAGACCAGUGAGUUCCAGUCUCUGUUCACUGAUGGACUGACUGGAUUAGCAGAGGUGUUUGAGAAGCACCAGCAUGAGCUGAGGAUAGCUGGAGGUGCGGUAAGGGAUCUGCUGUCUGGCAAGCGGCCUGAGGAUGUGGACUUUGCCACAACAGCCACUCCAGAGGAGAUGAAGCACAUGUUCCAGACUGCUGGCAUCAGAAUGAUCAACAAUAAAGGAGAGAAGCAUGGGACCAUUACUGCACGGCUACACAAUGAGAACUUUGAGGUGACCACAUUGCGAGUGGAUGUUCAGACGGAUGGACGUCAUGCAGAGGUAGAAUUCACCACUGACUGGCUGAAAGACGCUGAGCGGAGAGACCUCACCAUCAAUUCCAUGUUUCUAGGGCUCGAUGGCACAUUGUACGACUAUUUCAAAGGAUAUGAAGACCUGCAGAACCGAAAAGUUCGGUUUGUUGGCAGCGCUGAGCAAAGAAUCCAAGAGGACUACCUGAGAAUACUGCGAUAUUUCAGGUUCUAUGGCAGGGUGGCCUUGGAUCCUGAUGACCAUGAGCCUGAGACACUGACCGCCAUCAGGGAAAAUGGCCGUGGACUGGCAGCAGUAUCAGGAGAACGGAUUUGGGUGGAGAUAAAAAAGAUGGUGGUUGGUAACCAUGCUGCUCAUCUGCUGGAGUUGAUGUACAGGCUGGAAUUGGCCCAGUACACAGGUUUACCUCCAGAUGGCGAUGUUGAGGAGAUGAAGGAAGUGUGGCAGAACACCAAAGACCACUCUCCCAAACCCAUGACCAUCCUGGCGGCUCUCUUCCGCUGCCCAGAGGAGGUAGAAAAGAUGGACAUCCGACUGAAGGUGUCUAAGGAGGAGAAGACUCUGGCUCUGUUCCUGAUCAAAUACAGACGAGAGCUCCGCAAGAGCAAAGACGAGCCGGACAGCCUCAAACCCUUCACUGACUUCAUCAUUGACAGUCGGGAGCUGGAUUCUCAGAGUAAAGUAUGUGAGCUGCUGAAGUACCAAGGUGAGAAGAAGUUGCUUGCAGAGCUCAGCAGAUGGUCAAUCCCUCGAUUCCCUGUCAGCGGGCACGAUCUGAGGAGGCUGGGUGUCACGUCAGGCAAGGAGAUUGGUGCUACUUUACAGAAGCUGCGUGACAUCUGGAAGAAAAGUCAUUACCAAAUGGACAAAGAUGAACUGCUCAGUUAUGUGAAAUGAACAGAAAAGCAGGUGUUUUGUGUCAGAUGACAAUAGACAAUAACAGUCCGGACAACUGACACCGUAACUGUGCCGCUCACAGGUAUCGAUUGAGCAGACUGAGGCGUGUUGUUGACGGAGGACGCAACAAGAACUGACACGUGCAUACCCAUUGCUGAAUGUAAUUUCAUUCUAAAUUACCCCAAGGCCACUUCUGUUCAUCUGCAUCUCCAUGUAAACUUAAAGAGAUCACCUUAUGACAGAAUGUGAAAUGGACAAUGGCAGCUGAUUUCACCAUGUGUUAUUACAUAGCCCUGCUGUUUAUGUUAAGGUCCUCAGAUAAAUGGCCGACACUGUACUGAUGCUCAGCCAAUUAACGUCUUUGUCACUUAUGUGGUGAGGUGUGAUGAAGGAAGGUGAAACAUGGAUAUAGGAAUCUGUGAUGAAUAGUGAGAUAAAAUCUUGAGUUAGUUAGCAGCAGGGGUCGCCACACCAUAGAAAUGGUUAUUUUUAUUUGUUGAAACAGUAAGAAGUUUUGUUAUUUAACUGCAGUAAUAUAUAAUUUCUUUGGUGAGGAAAAUAUCCUCUAUGAAAAAUAUUUUUUUUUCUUUUUAAUUAAAGAGACUUGGUGAUUCGUUUGCUUGAAGUACAUUGCACUCGUGUAAAUCCUGUGGCAGGAGCUGUGAGAAAUAAAGACUGGUGUAUGUUUGA